ACUAUCCGACUUUCAGCAAAUAUAUGCACUUAUCAUGCCUCAAGCAGAUGGUACCUUUCUUAUCUGUUCUCUCACAUUCUGUCCGUCUGCUGAUUGUUUCUCUGUCUCUUUCUUUCCGUUUAUUUUGUGUCGGCCCCAGUUGCACGGCCGUCCAGAAGAAGCCAGUCUGUUUGCUCUUCUUCGUCACCUCGUCGAGCUGACCGACCACACCGUCCGGCUGACCUCGGCCCACCCUCUCAACUCGGCCACAUUCGUCGCCAUGACAGACGCCACGACGCAUCGGCCAACUGUCUGUGCUGCCUCUGAGGCGGAGUGUCUGCUGACGGUGAAACGUCUUGGCGCCCUCGAGACUUCAGAAAGGUUGACCAGUUUCGUCAAGCGAAACGACCGUUCCUUAACGGCCUUUUUCACCAAAACAGGGCUGGAUCAUGCCGCCUCUGGACAAGGCUCAACAGCG